GUCAGUGCAGGAGCUGACUGGAACCGCGGUGGCGGCGGUCGCACCCGCUGCAGCCGAGGCUCCAGCCCGGCCCAGGGCGGCGCAACAGACAAUAACCGGGCUGAGAGCUUGACUGGGCCGGACUCCACUGUGAUGCUUCAUGAUUGAUGAUGUUCAGCCUAGAAGCCCAAGGCUGCAUUUCCAGCUGAACUGUAUGUGAGUAGUCCCCAUCACUAUGGAGACCCCAAAGGAUGAAACUACUCAGGUUAAAGGAGCUACAGCCUUUGGGGAGACCUAUGAUCAAGGGGCAGAGAAAGAAACCAAGAACAAGGCAGCUGAGGUAACAGAAGGACCAAUGUCAGAACCACUCUCCUCUGGCCCAGGUAGGCUGAAGAAAACUGCCAUGAAACUCUUUGGUGGCAAGAAAGGUAUCUGUACUCUGCCUAGUUUCUUUGGUGGAGGACGAAGCAAAGGUUCUGGGAAAGGCAGCUCCAAAAAAGUUCUCAAUAAGAGCAAGACCCAUGAAGGCCUGAGUGAAGCAGCUCAUGGCUCUGAAGAUGUUGAAAGUGAAGGAACCAGCUUCUCCCUAACUUUGCCUGAGUUACUCUGCCAAUUUCCCAGUUCCCAGAGUAUCCAUGGGGCUUUGGAGAGAGGCUCCAGAUACAAAAUGUCUAUGGCUGGAGUCACAGAGAAAGCUGGGGCUGAGAAGGUUCCAUUUUUGCCCAAGCCAAAGAAAGGCCUAAAAGGCUUUUUUAGCAGUAUCCGGCGUCACCGGAAAAGUAAGGUUGCUGGGGCUGAGCAAAGUGAUCCAGAGGCCAAGGGGCCUGAGGAGGCCAGAGCUAGGCCUCAUGAACAUGUGAGCUCAGCCUCUCAGGUGCUCCAUGCUGAUGAGAUCUUCCAAACCUCUCAAAAGGAAAAUAUCAAACCUCAAAAUGUCCAUGGGCCAAAAGAUUCUCCAGCACCAGAGCCUUCUCCACCGGGUACUGAGAAAAUAGCCUGUAAAGAUCCAGAAAAUCCCACAGUGGGCUUUGCCUCAGCACUCAUGCAACCCAAGCCUGCCCCUGAAGCCAAUACCCAAGAGGAGCCCCAUAUCCGAGAAACAGGGGAGAAAGUGGUAGCAAAAGAGGUAAAUCAACCCAACUGCCCUGUGGGGGACCAGCUGAGCCUCCUGUUUGGUGAUGUCACAUCCCUGAAAAGCUUUGACUCACUGACAGGUUGUGGUGACAUUAUAGCGGAACAGGACAUGGACAGUAUGACAGAUAGCAUGGCUUCUGGGGGCCAGAGGGCCAACCGAGAUGGGACCAAGCGAAGUUCUUGCCUGGUGACCUACCAAGGAGGUGGGGAGGAGAUGGCCUUGCCAGAUGAUGAGGAGGAGGAAGAAGAGGAAGAACAGGAGGUGGAAUUAGGGGAGGAAGAGGCUAAGGAGGAAGAGGAAGAAGAAGAUAAUUACUUAGAAUAUAUUUGGGCAAGUGCCCAAAUGUACCCAAGGCACAAUCUGAACCUGAGCUAUCAUCGCACCACAUCCCCAGGCCACUAUGGCUACAUGCUCCUUGACCCAGUUAGGUCUUAUCCUAGCCUAUCCCCUGGGGAACUUUUGACUCCUCAGAGUGACCAGCAAGAGUCUGCCCCCAAUAGUGAUGAAGGUUACUAUGACUCCACUACACCUGCAUUUGAAGAUGAUUCAGGUGAGGCCCUAGGACUUGUUCACAGGGAUUGCCUACCCAGAGACAGCUACAGCGGAGAUGCCCUAUAUGAGUUCUAUGAGCCAGAUGAUAGUCUUGAGAACUCCCCUCCUGGGGAUGACUGCCUUUAUGACCUCCAUGGCCACAGCUCUGACAUAUUUGACCCCUUCUUGAACUUUGAGCCCCUUUCUUCCUCCCGGCCACCUGGGGCAAUGGAGACAGAGGAAGAACGACUAGUGACUAUCCAGAAACAGUUAUUGUAUUGGGAGCUCUGUCAGGAGCAGCUUGAAGCCCAAGAGGCAUGUGCCCGAGAGGCUCAUGCCUGGGAGGCCCACACCAGGGAGGCCUAUACCAGAGAGGAUCAUGCCAGGGAGGCCUAUACCAGAGAGGCCCACACUCGGGAAGCUCAUUCCAAGGAAGCCUGGACACGAGAAGCCCAAGCCCAAGAUGCUUGUGCUCUAGAGGCUCAAGUCCAAGAGGCCCAGACCUGGCAGGAAAAGCCUGUGUUGGAGUAUCAGAUGAGGCCAUUGGGCCCAUCAGUGAUGGGCCUAGUGGCAGGGGCAUCAGGGGCCUCUCAUAUUUCCCACCGACGAACCACCUCAGCUUUUCUCACCACUGCAAACAGUGAGCCAGACUGGAGGGACUUCCGUCCUCUGGAGAAACGUUUUGAGGGAACCUGCUCCAAGAAAGAUCAAAGUACUUGCCUGAUACAGCUCUUCCAGAGUGAUGCUAUGUUUGAGCCAGACAUGCAAGAAGCAAAUUUUGGAGGAUCUCCCAGGAAGGCCUACCCUACUUACCCACCCCCUGAAGAGCCAGAGGAAGAGGAGGUUGAGAAGGAAGGAAAUGCCACUGUGAGUUUCUCACAGGCCUUGGUGGAGUUCACCAGCAAUGGGAACGUCUUCUCCAGUAUAUCUUGCAGCUCUGACUCUGACUCAUCCUUCACUCAAAACCUCCCUGAGCUGCCCCCCAUGGUGACUUUUGACAUUGCUGAUGUGGAACGGGAUGGGGAAGGCAAGUGUGAGGACAGCCAUGAAUUCCACAAUGAUGAAGACCUUGCAACUUCCUUGGAAGCCUUCGAGCUGGGCUACUUCCACAAACACACCUUCAGCAACUACCAUAGUCGAUUCUACCAAGGCCUGCCCUGGGGUGUGAGAAGCCUUCCUCGAUACUUGGGACUUUCUGGUAUGCACCCUAGGCCUCCACCUGCCGCCAUGGCCCUCAGUAGAAGGAGCCGGUCCCUUGACACUGCAGAGACCCUGGAGUUAGAGCUCUCUAAUUCCUACUUGGUGCAGGGCUACCUGGAGUCUGAUGAACUUCAAGCACAGCAAGAAAAUUCAGAUGAAGAAAAGGAAGGAGAAUGGGGCCGAGAUAGUCCAUUAUCCCUUUAUACUGAACCCCCAGGGGUCUAUGAUUGGCCUUCCUGGGCUCCCUGUUCUUUUCCACUGGGGCCAGGCCCUGCCUGGAUAAGCCCUGACCAGAUGGAUGGGCCUUCCAGUCAGUCUCCAUAUGGGCAGGCAACCUGUUGUGUACCUUCUGUGGCCAUGUCAGUGUCACUGUCAUUGUCAGGGCCAAAGCCAAGAGUAUCUGGGGAACCUGGGCCUCAGCUAGCUUGGCCUUCGCACCUACCCCUGCCCAAAGGUUCAUGCAAUAACCUCCAGCCACAGGCCUCCCAGACCAUGAGAGCCAGACCUCGAGAUAUGCUGAUGCCUAUUGAGGAGCCAAGUUGCUCUUCUAGUUCUGGAGGCUUCAGCUCUAGCCCUCUGUCACAGGCCAAGCCUGUUGGUAUCACCCAUGGCAUUCCUCAGCUGUCCAGGGUCCAGCUUGUGCCCUCCCAGCCUCUGCCCAUUUGUUACAGACCUUCCAGCCUUGACCUGUCAAAGGAGAGGGCUAAGCAAGGUGUCUCUCUCCCCACCAGCUACUCCUCCACAGCUGUGAAUGGAAACCUAGCCAAGUAGUCAUCAUUAAUUCCAGAGUAGGGGCAUGGGGCCUGAGUGUGUGAAUGGAUAUCAGAGGUUGGGCAGAGGGGUGGGGGUUGUGGGUUGAAAAUGCUUUUGGCCUAGGAAAAUUCCUAUGAUUUUUCACCUUUGUUUUCUCACUUUCUUCUGCCAUCUAUGGCCACAUUCAACUCAAGUACAUCUGUCCAGGGAGGCAGUGGGUUCUGCUAUUGUUGCUGCACUCUGGUUUUUACUUUUAGGGUUUCUUCUUGUGACCCACACAGGGUUUGGGAUGCUGUAAUUUUGUGCCUACUCCAAUUGCCGAGUUAGUGAUUUUAUAUAUAUAGGGGUGUGUGUGUGUGUAUCUAUCUAUCUAUGUAUUCAUGCAUCUGUGGCACAGGCUGAACUCUUAGCACCCCGUGCCCCUUCCCUCCAGUAAAUGAUGAACCACUGAUGAGUAGCCAAGUUUGGACUGCCUCCCACAGGGGGACAGGUGGUUUGUUUGCUGUUAGCAGUGUGAAAUUGUGGUACAGAUCCUUCAUAACCCCAUUCCUUUCAGCCUUGGCAUAGUUGCUACCAUUAUAUUAAAUGAUUAUAAGCUGUUCAUUCCAGCUAACUAUCCUUAGGAUCAAGUAGUACAUGUUUCACUAGCGAUUGCUGUGGAUCUUAACAUCAUAACAAGAUGGGGUGCCUUUUAACCUGACCUUCCUUCCAUAGCUUAAGUUGAAGACAAAACUACUAAUCCCCUUAGUGUAAUAAUUAAAUUUGUUCUGUUGAAAACAAAAAUCAAAAGGUUCUGUUAUGAACACUGCCAUAGAGUCUUGAGCUCCGGAAUGAUAGGAUUUAUUUUUUCCUUCUUCCUCUCUUAAGACUGUGACUGCCUGAGCUGUUUUUGAAUUUUUGUUCUUCUUUUUUCUAAAAAAGUUAUAAUCUCAUCAAAAGAAACACAGUUUUUUAAAGGAAGAGAAGCCACCAAAUUAGGCUUGGCUAUAGGGGUUGGGGUUUUUGCAGGAUGCAGAUAAAGGAUAAAAAAAGAAGUUCCAUUAUCCCAGCCAGCAAAAGAAGGAAUUUCAGAGUUCAUGGAACUCGAAAUAACCCAGAUUCUUAGAAGGGAAAACUGCCUUCCAACCCAACCUCCCAUUCCAUCACUGUAAAGAGACUCUAGGCUUGCAGUCCUGAGAAAGGAUACCAAAGGCAUCUCAGCUGCUGUUCUGGUCUCUCUAAAGAGAUUUCAUCUUCCACUUAGCCUAGUCCUUAGCAUCGUCAAGGGACCAGGCUUCUUGAGUGGAAAGACUGACCUGCCCUCACUCUGCCAAACUUUAGGAUUCUAAUUCCCAUGGCAGUUGCAGCCCUUCCUGAAAUGAAUGGCACCCUCCCUUCUGUAUCCAUGUAGUUUUCAUGUUAAACUAGGUUGGAAAUACUGGUGAAGAGCUUGCUGUCAGGAAGAUAUCACAACAGGCCAAUCUUGCCAGGCUCAGCCUCUUAUUAAUCACUUGCACAAGAGGAUUCCUUUUCAAUUUCUUUAUUGAAGAUAAACAUUCUUGCCUGGUUGCGUUGACCCAAAUCAUAAUUCUUUCUCCCCCAGCCUACAUGCAUCUCUAUUUUUUUUGAGAGAAGAAGUCAACAGUGCUCUUGCCAUUUUUGAUGUGUGUCAAUUUACCUUUGGAACAGAUGCUGUUGGCCCUCUGAGUCAAGGUGACUUUGUGGGUAAACUGUUCCUUGGCCAGGGGAUGUAUCCAUACUGGUCUUUGUAAUCAUUUCUCAGAUUGAGGUUGGCCAAGUGCCUUUCCCUACAAAGAGCAUAUAUGGCUGCACCCCUAGAAUCACCACAUGAGUUUGUGUGGCACCAAUAUCUGCCCUAAGGGACCAAGAUCAGCUCUCCAGGCUGACUUUAGCUACAUCAUGGAGAAAUGUAUCCAGGAAGACCCUCUACCUCAAGCACAGCAUUUCAGGAUAGAAGUACCUAAAUUCCAACCAUAUGGCCUCUUUCAAAGCUGCUCUGGAAUGGUGGGGUUGAAAUUGGUCUGGCUGCUUGGCAGGAAGUAAACAUUCACUAAAUGCCUUUACAUCAGGGGAAACCCCAUAUUUUCUGUCUUCCUUCAGGCAGCUUGAGAUCCUGUCUGCAUGUGGACUGUGCCCACCACAGCAGGCAGUAGAGCCAUCACCAGCCUCCAGAGCUUGUUGGAGAGGGCCACCACUCUAUCUGUUAAGAGGAAGAAAAAGUGGUUAACUUUUGGGCAAGGGCUGAAGGCUGCCCUCAGAGUCAUGAGGGAAGCAUGAGGUACUAACUCUAAGGGGAGCUGUCAUAGCCCUGACAUGCCUAUCUGGACUUUGGAAGGUCACACACCACAGACUAGGGCCUGGGACUGAGUGGGAGUUCAUGGCUUGGACAGCAUUGCUUCCUGCAAGUCCUGUCACUACCUCAAUCAGUCCAGGACAGGAUCCUCACCAACAGAAGUGGGACAGUCAGGAUACAUGGCUGCAGAAGUAGGCUUCUUUGAGUCUUGAGAGCUGAGUAAGUUUAUGGCUGAACCCCAGCUUCACCAUAUAGAACAGUGGUUCUUAACCUUUCUAAUGCUGCAACCCUUUAAUACAGUUCCUCACGUUGUGGUGACCCCCAACCAUAAAAUUAUUUUUGAGGCAAUGAAAAUAAUUUUAUGGUUGGGGGUCACCAUAACCUGAGAAACUGUACUAAAGGGUCGCGGGAUUACAGAGGUUGAGAACCACUGCUAUAGAAGGAAGGAAGGCUGAAGACACAUGGUAAGGGCAGCACAGGAUGACACUAGGAAAGCCAAACAUUAGGCAUCUCUCCAAACACAGGUCAAUGCUGGCUUGGCUGACAUCCAAAUAUGCCCCAGACUACUAAAGUUGUCACUGUCAUGUCCACCACUUCUAGGCUGUGACCAUUUGAACACCAUGUCUUCAUUGGAAGGACCUGAGAUAAUGCUUUUGGAUGUGACUUCAAGUGAAGAUGUGACUCGAGAGGAGUUAGCUGCCCUCAUCUAGCUACCCAAUUGGCUUAUCUAGUGCCAGACAGCUCUGAUCCUGAGAAUUCCUGGAUGAAACUGGCCCUUAGCAGGGGUUGGGGGGGAGUCCAGUGAAUGUGGAUAGUGAAGGCCACUUAGCAGGCUUCUCCCAGGGUUGGAAUGCCCGUUUCUUGGUGCUUUAGAGUAUCCAAGGAAGCCCUGCCUUGGGGCCCACUUAGAGCCAUCCCUUCUAUCUGGCCUCAGUGUGGGUACCAUGCCACAAGCCUCCCAAGAUAAAGGCUUUAAUAAACACCAAUCUCCCUCCCUUCUCAGUGCUAUACCAAGGAGGGAAGUUGCUUCUGACACCCAGGAGGCUAGGUGAGUGCCCCUCAUCCUGUUUCCAUUAACUUUCCCACUUGUACCAAUGCCACUGCCUCACCUACCCUUAGGCCCCAGGUUUAGUUGCUAAAGGGUGGAAGGGGGGGUUAACAGGGAGACUUCAAGUUUACCCAUGGGUAUGUUGCAUUCAUAUUGUUUAUAUAUAUAUAUAUAUAUAUACACACACACACACAUAUACAUAUAUAUCAAUUAUUUUUGUAUUUGCAUUUUAUAUUCAUGGACAAUAUGCUUAUCACUCAUUCUUUUCUGAUUUAUUUUUAACUGGUGCUGCUUUAAGCAAAACAAAGAUGACACAAAAAUCAUUGCUGCUAGUGCACAGAGCUGACAUCUCAACUGCCUAGGUCCCCCCCACUUUUUCCUCUUCCGCACUCUUGCUGUAUACCACUGUCUGUUCUUUCCUCCCAUGACAGGGACAGCAGAAGUUUCCCAGGUACCAAAGGCAGAUGCCAGGUAACUCUAGUGUGUGAAAACUGGUAGAUAGCAUGUUAUUUUCUGGCUUUAUGUUUUUCCUUUUGUACCUUUACUUCCCUGUGUGUUUUUUUCUUCUUUAUGUUCUGUGCUUUUGUUUUGAAACCAGAGUGCCCAUGUUGUACUAUUGUCAUUUUGAGUUUCUUCAAAGGAGCAUUUUGGGGAUAUUCUCCACUCACUGGAAAGUUGCAGCAUUUCAGCCAUGCCCUUUUUUUCCCAAGAAGCUAGGGGAGACAGAUGGCAAUGAUACUUGAACCAUUAGAAAUUGACCAUCUCUUUGAGGAAACCCUUAUGUAGGCCUUUCCAGGAGCUCAAUUGAUUGUGACAUUUUCCCAGAAGAGAGUUUGGAUACCUCCUUAACCCCUCUUGCUGCCUUAGGGGAAUUUCUCUUCUUAACACCAUUCCUCUUCCCCACCUUGUUCCAUCCAUACAUGUGGAUGGUACUCUGGGGAACAGUGUAUCCUGACCCCUACUUUUUCAUCCUAUAGUCACUCCAAAGAAAAUCCACAUGGCAUGUAUUUGUGUGAGAGCUGGGUCUAUUGAGAGGCAGAACUUAUUGUUAUUAGAAUUGUUACUAUUAGUGCUUAUUUUCUCUCCUGUAUAUGGGGGUAGUGUGUGGGGUAAUAAAACAGGAAUGUAUAUUUAGGUCACGUUAAAUAAAAUGGCUGGGGGAGCAAGGGAUGAAAUUAGGAACUGCAGUACAUUCCAUCCUGGGUGUAAGAGUUCAUUCUCUACCAGUGUAGGAAGAGGAUCAUGGUCCCAUGCUUGAGACAUAGAAUUGCCUGGGUUAUCACUUCUCCACUCUUGCCUCUCACUAACAUCUGGAUAUUUCAAUGGACUGUAUGAUUGUAAUAACAUACUUCUUUUGCUUAAUGCUAAUAAACUUCUGCGUUCAAGAGGGACCCCUCCCCACCAGUCACUAAACUGCAUUCUCAUGGUUUGUUCCAUAGCAGCUUGCCUGUGACUCAUCAUUGUUGGAUUUUCCCUUGAAGGAAAAUUAAGAAAUGGAGGGUGGGGGUUGGAUGGGGAACCUAGCAAGAGAAGCAGAAAAACGACCUAAAGCUGAAAGAGAAAACUUUAAUUCUUCACCCAUGUCAUCUGCAUCCCAGUCAGAUGCUCUGUUGGUAAAGUCUCCAUCACACCUUCUAUAUCCUGAGACCUGACCCUGAAAUCCCUGUGUGCUGCUAAGGGCUGGCUAACACUUCUGAAAUUAGCUUUAGUUUCUACAAGUGUGCUGCCCUCCCCACCAACCAAGAGACAGGUGUUAGUCCCUGUUCUGAUGUCUCAUUCCAAACAUUGUGUCUAAUGGUAGGCUACUGGCCAGGUAGAUGCCUUCCCCACUUAUUUGGCUGGGGGAUGGUUUGGGGGAGGUGGAUUCUUCCCUUUAUUGCAAGGCAUCUUAGGGCAUCAGAAGUAUGCCACAACAAUCACUGAGUAAUCUUGGGGUCAUGUGCUGAUUUCCAGGUUUGUCCUAUACUAGGCAGGAAUAACUUGCCACUUUCUGUUACCUACACAAACAUCUACCUAUGUUACCAACUAGGAGAAGGUGAUUGUGCUCAUGGCCUUAGUUUCUCUAGUCCAGACUCUUACCCUUGGCUCCUGGCAAACAAGGGCAUCUGGUGCCUGCUGUGCGGACAGCUCUGAGUUCUUCCUAAUUGUCAUCACCAAGCAAUGCAGAACACCUGAAAUAACCACUACUUGAAAGUGCUGUAGGUGGGGUUAUCAUGGACACAAUUGGGGGGGUAGUACCUGGGACCCCUUUCUAAGGCUAGCAAAGAAGGUUGGUGGCCCCUAAGACCUCAUGAAUCAAGCAAAGCUAGUUAAAAGCAAAUUAUCAAGAGAGAAAAGAGAACCUCAUGGGAAGAGUUGAUAUUUCAUUGAAAUAAAUUUCAUUUAAAUUGUGUUGUCUGUUCUGGGCUUUCCAGGGAGGGAAGGGGAAGGCAUGGUUGCUAAAGGAGUUUUUGGAGUAAGACCUUCAGGGAAGGCCCAUCAUGUCUCAUUACAUCCAUGGGAAAUUCAUGAAGGUGGUGGAAUCAGGGAGGGCUGCAUUUCUGCCCUAAUUUUUGUCCUUCAUUAAUCAUGUAGGCCUUGAAAAAAUAUUUUUUUGGGGUAGAGAUUUGACUAGACUAAUUCCCAGAUAUAAAUCAGAAGACUGGGCUACUUCAAAUGACCCAUAGAACUUUUUCAGCUACCUAAGGCUAGAACUCCCUGCCCCUGAUUUUCACUCAGGUAGCCUAGGGCAGUGUUCUUCUAUCACUAUUUUUGGUUUUACCCACAUGACACUGGUACAUUGCAACUGCUGGACAAAAUGAGUGGUAAGAGCUCUUCCCAUUCUUCCCUGGCAGAUGUUUUCCUUUG